AUGGCCAAAUAUGGCUGUGUAGCUGCAUGUGGCACCAUUGCAAAGUACGACAAAGACGACAAUAUAGUCAGCUUGAAGAACUCCUACAAAAUCAUCACUAUGGUCCUCAAGAUCCUUGGCUUCAUCAACAUCGACUGGAUUGAGCACCUAUACGAAGUGCGCGCUAUAUUCAUUGAGGGGUGUAAGAAGGGGAAUUCGAUCAUUGGCGACGAGAGCGAGAUAGUGAUUGAUAUUGAGUUUGAGGAUAUUCUGCGUACUUGGAUGAUGUUGUAUUCUGGCGCGAAUACAGAGAAGUUGAUUACAUGUACCAAGGGCAGGAAGCACCGAAGCUUGAUACGUUCUCUCCUCAGCAUGCCUCGUCUCCCAGACCAAGAAGACAACAUCGUCACCCGCGUCCGCGGUCGCUUCAAGGAAGCCUGGGACGGGUUCUGGGACUUUGCGCUCCGUGACAACGUGCUCGAAGUUGCCAUUGGUUUAAUCAUAGCAGCAGCAUUUACCAAGGUUGUCAACUCCUUUGUAUCCGACCUAUUCCUGCCAAUCAUAAGUCUGCUGCCCUUUCUGCACCGAAAUCUAGAUGAUAAAUUUGCGGUUUUGAGGAAGGGAAAACAUUAUCCUGACUGGGGCCCGGAUGGAUACAAUACCCUGGAGCAGGCCCGGGACGAUGGCGCGCUGGUUAUGGCUUAUGGGAUGUCCGCCGAAGAUAUCAAGGAACAAAUUGUCAGACGAGAAGAGUCAAAGAAGCCAAGAUUUGUCAGCUACCUAUGGGACACGUUCGACAAGCCUCUAGCAGAAAGGCGACUGCUGACGAAACUCGACACAGCACUCAUUUCCUUUGGAGCAGUUGGAUACUUUGUCAAAAGCGUCGACCAAUAUAACAUCAACAAUGCCUUUGUUUCUGGAAUGCAGGAGGAUUUGAAACUAUACCAGAACCAGCUGAACUAUAUGCAAACAGCUUGGGCCUUGGGAUAUAUGCUGGGGCAGAUUCCAAGCAAUAUUAUACUCAGUCGGACGCGGCCACGAUACUGGAUACCGAGCCUUGAGGUCUGUUGGGCCGUUCUUACUCUCUCAUUAUCAAGAUGCAACCAAGCAUAUCAAUUCUACAUAAUCCGGUUACUCAUCGGCCUCUGUGAAAGCGGGUAUUAUCCUGGCUUACAACACUCGCUCGGUUCAUGGUACCGUAGUGACGAACUCGGGAAGAGAGCUUGUAUAUUUCAAAUCUGCAGUGCCAUGGGACAAAUGGCCUCGGGAUACAUUAUGGGCGGAGUAUAUAAGCUAGGUGGUAUUGGGGGUUAUAGAGGAUGGCAAUGGGCUUUUAUCAUUAAUGGCUCCCUUUCAUUACCGAUGGCUAUUAUGGGAUACUUUAUACUACCGGAUGUGCCUGAAAUUACAAAGUCGUGGUAUCUCAAGGAGGAGGAAAUCAAACUCGCACAAUUGCGAAUGCAUAUGGAGGGUCGAAAGCCCCGGUCCAAGUACACGAAGGAGAAACUGAAGAGGAUCUUUACCUCAUGGCAUAUAUACCUUUUGUCUCUUCUAUACGUAGCUUAUAACAACGGCAUAGCAAACAUGCAACCAAUCUUUCAGCAAUAUCUACGCCAUUCGACGAAUCCUCGUUACUCGAUUCCGCAAAUCAACAACUACCCGACAACUACGUCGGGGGUACAGAUACUUAUGACUAUAUUAUAUGCUUGGCUAUCCGAUACGGUACUACGAGGCAGACGUUGGCCACCUCUUGUAUUUGGCGGUCUCGUAAGUAUUAUCUGCUAUGUGUCAUUAGCCAUUUGGGAUAUUCCGACCUGGUGGAAGUGGACAUGCUUCAUCUCAGCAGGAGCAUCCUUUGGCUUAAGUGGGCUUUGCAUGGCCUGGGCCAACGAAGUCUGCGGCAACGACAGCGAAGAACGCGCCAUCACAAUCGCCGCCAUGAACGAAAUCGCAUACCUCCUCCAAAUCUGGCUCCCCUUACUGGUCUGGCAACAAAUCGACGCACCACGAUACUUCAAAGGCUACGUCACCGUAUCCGCAAUGUCUGUUCUAUUUAUUGUCAUGUGCUUUGUGGUUCGCAACUUGCACAAUAGGGAGGCUUCGGCCGCUCGAAUGGCGAAAGAACAUGCCACGGAGAGUUGUAUACAGCUGCAGCAACAACAUCAACAGGCGGAUGGCGAGAAGGAUUUAUCCGGUAGUGAUCUACAGCUGAGUCGUUUCAAGAGUUUGGAGACUUCUUCAUCCUCAGGACAGUAUGAUAGCGAGGCGAUUUCGCCUUCGUCCUCGUCGAAUAUCAUUUCGCCUUGUGAUGACGAAAAGGGGCCGUUUUCCAGACGGUUGAAUGGGACAUUUCCUACAGAAUCUGGCGAUGUCAAGGGCAUAGAAGUUCAGCCAUCGAGAUUGUUGUGA